UAAAAAAAAAUCUCUCUCUCUCAUUAUCACUCCACUUGUGGGAGAGACAAGAGAUGGCAACUGUGGCUCCAAACCCCAUGGAAGUAUCCAAGGAAAACUCUGUCACCACCCCUUCUAAAGAGCUCGAUGCUGGUGCUUUGUUCGUCCUCAAAUCACGAGGUUCAUGGCUGCACUGUGGCUACCACUUGACAACAUCAAUAGUUGCACCAGUAAUUCUUAGUCUUCCAUUUGCAUUUGGGUUGCUGGGUUGGGCUGGUGGAAUUAUAUGCCUCACCUUGGGAGGCUCAAUCACUUUUUAUUCAUACAAUCUGUUGUCAUUGGUAUUGGAGCACCAUGCUAAACUUGGACAGCGCCAGCUUCGUUUCCGUGACAUGGCUAGAGAUAUUUUAGGUCCUGGAUGGGGCAAAUAUUUUGUGGGGCCACUGCAGUUUUUCAUAUGCUUUGGUGCUGUGAUUGCUGGCUCUCUUCUUGGAGGACAGAGCCUUAAGUUCAUUUACAUGCUGUCCAACCCAAAUGGAAAUAUGAAGCUUUACCAAUUCAUUAUUAUGUUUGGAGUGGUAAUGCUGGGUUUGGCUCAAAUGCCAUCUUUCCACUCGCUGAGGUAUAUCAACCUUGUGUCUCUAAUCCUUUGUCUAGCUUUCAGUGCUUGCGUCACAGCCGGCUCCAUAUACGUAGGACAUUCCAAGAACGCACCAACAAAGGACUACAAUGUGAUAGGAAGCAAAGAAAAUCGAAUUUUCGGAACCUUCAACGCCAUUUCAAUAAUCGCCACCACAUUUGCCAGUGGAAUAAUUCCUGAAAUUCAGGCAACCAUAGCACCUCCAGUACAAGGCAAAAUGUUCAAAGGCCUAUGUGUUUGUUACACUGUGAUAACAGUGACAUAUUUCAGUGUUGGUAUAUCUGGAUAUUGUGCAUUUGGUAAUCAAGCUCUGGGAACUAUAAUUUCCAACUUUAUGGGUGUUGACAAGCCUUUGUUGCCAACUUGGUUCCUUUUGAUGAUCAAUGUUUUCACCCUUUUACAAGUUUUGGCUGUUACACUGGUUUACAUGCAACCCACCAAUGAAUUGUUCGAGAAAAAAUUUGCAGACCCAAAGAUGAAUCAAUUUUCAAUGAGGAAUGUGGUGCCAAGAUUGAUAUCACGGUCGCUUUCGGUGAUUGUUGGUACGACUAUUGCUGCAAUGAUACCAUUUUUUGGAGAUAUCAUGGCAUUAUUUGGGGCAUUUGGGUGUAUCCCACUUGAUUUCAUUUUGCCAAUGGUUUUCUACAACGUAACUUUCAAGCCCUCAAAAAGUAGCAUUGUUUUUUGGGUAAAUACUUCCAUAGCUUUAGCUUCCAUGGUGUUGGUUGGAAUGGGUGCAAUAUCAUCCGUACGGCAGAUAGUUCUUGAUGCCCAAACAUAUCGUUUAUUUGCCAACAUGUAAUAUGUCGUUCCAAACACAUAUAUAUUGAUGGUCUUUAUGAAUCAUAAAUAUUGUUUAUUUAUACUA